GCGAUUGGAUCACUUAUAAAGUGGACCACGACCUCACCACCAAGGAAAAUGGGGCUGAAGCGCCUGUUGUGGACCUCCAGCUGUUGUCGAGCGUCGAACCCCUGCGAAGGAGGAGGAUUAGGGGGGAGGUGUCACGGCAGUAUUUGUCCUAUGCUGUCAUUAAUGAGGAGGUCUUCUGCCCAAAGAGCCUGUUUGAUGAAGCACUGCUGCAGGCAGGAGACUCGGUCAUGGUAGAUGUGAUAGAGAGCGAUCAGGAGAAAUUUUGCUGGCGAGCGGUCAAAGUGUCUCCUGUGCCUGCAUAUUCGGACACCCCGGUCAAGAAGGGCAGGAAAUCUUCCCUGCUGAGUAACCAGCUGGGACUGGCAGGUGACGUGUCCUCUGCCAAGGAUGACAAAAUCCUGCAUUUGCUGGAAAACAAGGCUGGCAUCAUUAUCUCAAAGUCUCUUAGGUUUCCUGUGGUAUACCUAGGCAAGACAGAUUAUAUUGCUGCAUUUGUUAAGAAUGUUGGGAGAGAAAGUCGUACCCUUAGGCGUGUUUAUAUUGUCUCAACAUCGGAGGACUGCCAGUUAUCAGUGGAUGGCUGCUCUGUGGGGGGACGUGCCUGCGAGAUGCCUGUUGUGGUCCCUCCUGACUCAGGGAUCAGUGUCCGUCUUCAGUGCACGGCCACGCUGCUAGGUCUGGCCAAGCACCUGUGCGUGUUCGACUUUGUGGAUUUCCAGGUUGGACGUUAUGUCAGCGCAGUGGUGGAGGAUGAGCAGAUGCAUCUGAUGCUACCCAUUGCUCCUCGCUCAUCACAGCAAAUGUACAGGAAGGCGAGAGCUCACCAGUCCACAGAAAGCACAGUUAUCCGAGGGGAAGUGCCCUUCAAGCCCCCACCCUUUCUGCCUGUCAGCCUGCCCAUGGCUAAUAUCCCAGAUUACAUCUGGGAUGCAGUGCAGGAAGAGAAGAACAUCCUAGACGUGGUCCCCUGUCUGAGAGAUCCCCUGACCAGAGUCAAUCACAAGGAGAAGCUGUCUGCCCUCUUGCACUUGGAAGAGAUAGCCCUAGCACAGCAGAUGAGGCAGUUCGACAUGGCCCGGUCGACCCUGUCUCCCCAUGGCGAGUACCUCAGUCUGAGUGUACCAGGCCUGGCUGAGAGACGGCCGUCCCUCAUGGUAGGAGACACUGUCCUAGUCGCAUCUCUGGGUGCCUCUCCAGGGGCGGGUGAGCUCCAGUAUGAAGGAUACGUCCAUGAGGUGUUACAUACACAGGUGCUGCUGAAGUUCCACCCGUCGUUCCACCAGCUGUACCGGGGCGAGGACUAUGCCAUCCAGUUCCGGUUCAACCGCACGCCCCUCCGCCGGUGUCACUUCGCCCUCGACUUCGCCGUGAGGCAGCUCGGCCACGACGUCCUCUUCCCCUCCAAGCUGAGGCUCCAGCUGCCGCAGGUGUCCUACGUGGACCUCGAGGUCCCCACUUGCGUGUAUCGGCGGAAGGGGAGGAGGACUCCGCCUGAGGGAGAGGGGGCUCCUGCGCCUCGCUUGGGGGAGGGGGCCAGCUUAGGGACACUCCGCGGCGGAGCCUCUCCUCCCUGUCCUUCGAGCCAAGGUCUGGACGGUGCAGAGGAUCGUCGAGGAGGACGUAGAGUGGAGGAGGAGCGCAGGAAGGAGCGGACGAGGCAGGCGCGCGACCCACACGGGGGUUCCUGCGAAAGCAACGGCAUCCGAGACGAAGGGGAAGGCGGCAGCGAAGCUCAAGUGCCUAGUGGUCUUAAGGACGGAGAUGACGACGACGAGGACGUUGUGAUUGAGGAGGAGUGCGAGGCGGAGGAGGAUCCCGUGUGCUGCUCCUUUCGUGAUUCUCCACUCCUCGGCAGCAGAGGACUGGAAUCGAGUGGUGUUCCUGUAGACGAAGCCGCGCACGUGGUCACACGUGUCCCAAGUGUAGGCAGGCCAGGCUGUGAUGCAACCCCGGACGUCGGCCCUCUGUGCAGGGACGCCGGUCGCGGGUGGGGGGCUGCACAGGGCGGCGCGGCCACCCCCGAGCCCAAGCACACGCCGCCGAGGAUCCCCGUGGUGACGCGCCUCUUCGGCGUCCCCUCCUCCGGCUCCAGCUCCAACUCCUCCAAGUCCUUCAGCGACGACGAGGCGAGGGAGCUCGGAGGCGAGGCAGGCAGGCACGGCGCCAGGGCGAAGACGAGGGAGGCGAGGGGCGCUUGCCUCCCCCCCGGGCCUGCCGACGCGGGGGAAUGGAAAGGCGCCGGACCAGCUUCGGCCGAAGGAAGGGGAGGAGGAGGAGGAGCGCUCGACAGGGCGGCGCUUGGAGGUGGAGACGCAGCAGAAGGCGAGGCAGGAACGAAGCGAAGGGGCGGAGACGGCGCCAUUUGCUGCCAGGCUGAAGUGGGGGGACCGGACGGCGGUGCCGUGGCGUCGCACGGAAGGCCCCAUCACACGCCCUCCAGGUCACUGAAGAUGAGUCAGACGCUGCUGCUGAUGGGGCUGCAGGGCAACAGGCACGGCGAGAGGAGGCGCAGGAGGAGGCCCCAGAGGUCCGACCACGCCGCGGGAGAGGGGGCCAGUGCGAGGGAUCCGAGGCUCCCCCCCCACGCCAGCCUGAGCCAGGCCCUCGAGCCCGCGGGGGACGCGAGGGGGAACCGCGUGCAGGCGUCGCCGGGCGCGCUGCUCCUGCUCUCUGCCCUCCGGGAACGCGAGGGAAGGCAGGCUUCGCGCGCCCCGGCCUGCAACGGCGUGGAGCAGGCAGCCUCUGCGUCCGUCCAGAAAGCAUCUGGCGCCACAAGGCCGCCAGGGCGAGCUGCCGAGGCCAGAGGGCGCCCCAGCGCGGACGGAGGCGGCGCAGAAGACGGCUACUGCAUCCCCGUCCUCCCCAUCAACGCCCUGAAGAGGAAGGGUCGGGCUCCCGCCGCCCAGCUGCCGACGCUGCGCUGGGCCAACAGGCAGCUGAACGCCGAGCAGAAGCUGGCCGUGCGGAGGGUGCUGGAGGGCAGCACGCGGCCCCUGCCCUACGUCAUCUACGGGCCGCCGGGCACGGGCAAGACGGUCACCCUGGUGGAGGCGGCGCUGCAGGUGCUCUCCAUGGUGGCGCACAGCAGGCUGGUGAUGGUGACGCCGUCGAACAGCGCGUCGGACCUGCUGGCGGAGCGGCUGGUGUCCUCGGGGCGCCUCGGCCUCGCGGACCUCGUCAGGCUCAACCCCUUCCACCGGCAGGAGGAGGGCGUGCCCGAGGCCCUCCGCCCCUUCAGCUGCAGCGGCGACGACCUGGGCGUGCGCGUCCGCCAGCGCGUCGUCGUGACCACCGCGGCGACGUCGGGGCUGCUGUACACGCUGGGGCUGCACGGGGGCCAUUUCAGCCACGUGUUCGUCGACGAGGCGGGGCAGCUGACGGAGCCGGAGUGCCUGCUGGCGCUGGGCUUGGUGAACAAGGCGUCCGGCCAGAUCGUGGUGGCGGGCGACCCCGAGCAGCUGGGCCCCGUCGUGCACAGCGCCGUCGCCAGGAGCUUCGGCCUCGGCCAGUCCUUCCUGCACAGGCUCUGCGGCUCUGUCCUCUACCAGGCCCAGAGGAUGGACGACCUCUCGUGGGUGUACGAGCCCCACCUGGUGACGCAGCUGCGCAGGAACUACCGCUCGCACCCCGACGUCCUGGCCGUGCCCUCCAGGCUUUUCUACCACGACGGCCUCGUCGCCCUCGCAGACCGGGAGAAGCAGGAGGGCGUGCUCGGGUGGGCGGAGCUGCCGAACCCGUCGUGCCCGCUGCUCUUCCACGGCCUGGUGAGCGACGACUGCCAGGAGGGGGACUCGCCGUCGUGGUUCAACCCUGCGGAGGCCUUCCAGGCUGUGCGGUAUGCCAAGAGCCUCAUCGAGUUCGGCCUCAAGGCUCAAGACAUCGGGAUCAUCACGCCCUACAGGAAGCAGGUGGAGAAGAUCCGCGUGCUGCUGGUGACGUUCGGGCUGGCGGGGGGGAUCAAGGUGGGGUCCGUGGAGGAGUUCCAGGGGCAGGAGAGGAAGGCCGUCAUCGUGUCCACGGUCAGGUCGUCGUCGGAGCUGGUAGAGGUGGACUUGCAGCACAGCCUGGGCUUCGUGAAGUGCCGGCGGCGCUUCAACGUGGCCGUGACGCGAGCGCAGUCCGUCCUGGUGCUGGUGGGGAACCCGUGGCUGCUGCGGCGGGACGAGUGCUGGCGGGAGCUGAUCGCCUUCUGCGUGGCCAGGGGCGCCUACCGCGGCCCGGACCUCGACGCCGCCGCGGACGAGCAGGCGCGGUAGCCCGGGGCGCCCUAGGAUGAUGUGGGGGGGGGGGGGCACGCUCACUGUGCCGCGUUCGUUUUGAGGGCGUGUGUUUUUUUCCAUUUCGUUUUUUAUUUUUGUUUGGUUUAUCACUUCAUGGGUUAGUAUUGUCUAAACAAUAAUGAAAUUGAAAGCAGUAUUCCGGCGUAACUGACGGUUUAAUCUUCCAUUGCAAGAAGGGGUUGUCUGUAUUCCCACCAGAUUCUCUUACUGUCAGACGAAGACAAGUGAUAAGUAUAAGUAUAUUAGUCUUAAAAAUGCUACGUUAUCCUUUUUUGUGAAUUGAAUGUUUUCGAUACAGAUUAAGUUGAAUCGAAGUUUCUUUGGGUGAACAUAGAGCAUUAUGUUUUCAACUCAACCCGAAAAAGUAUCUUGUAGUAAAGAGGUUGCAUGGGACGCGUCGUUUUGGGUCGGCAUGCAACUAAAACCAUAUAUGAUUAAUUCAUUAUCAUGGAUCUCUGCACAGAAUAUGAAAAAUGCAGCGUCUUUUUAUUAUUAAAUUGGUCAUAUAUUUUUUUCUUUCUGAGUCAUUGGCCUCCAUAUAGCGUGCAGUGGGAUUUCUCCCCGUAAAACCACGCGUUAAAUCCACGUGUUCGAGCGGGAGAAGGUCGGCCUUGAAGAUUAACGGUGGAAAGAUGUAUUUCUUGUUUUUUUCCGCCUCUGUAUUUUCAUGAAGAGUUUUGUAAUGCGUUAUCUGUGAUUUUCAUAUCGAAAUAAAAGAUGAUGGUUA